GAGCUAAAGUUGAAAUAUUACCAGUUGAUGAUUGAGCUUGACGAACAUGAGGGAUCCUACCUUGCAAUCUGUAAACAUUACAAAGCUGUAUAUGAUACACCAGAGAUCAAAGAAAACAAAGACAAAAUGAGGGAGGCUCUGCGUUAUGUAGUACUGUAUGUGAUACUGGCACCCUACGAUAAUGAGCAGUCAGACUUCAUACACAGAGUCAAGGAAGACAGAAAUCUGGAAGAAAUUGCCAAAUACCAAGAGCUUCUAAAUUGUUUCACGACGUCAGAGCUGAUCACAUGGAAGCAGCUGUGUCUGACAUAUGAGAGCGAGCUAAAGUUUGGUUCCACAAGUAGUCCAGCUACCCACGUCUUCAACACAAAGCUGGAAGGGGGAGCAAAACGCUGGGCAGACCUAAAAAAUAGAGUUGUAGAACAUAAUAUUCGUGUGAUGGCCAAAUACUAUACCCGUGUGAGGACCAAGAGAAUUGCUGAUCUUCUGGACCAGUCUGAAGCGGAAUCUGAAGAAUUUUUGUCCAACCUUGUUGUGAACAAGACUGUUCAAGCCAAGAUGGAUCGCAUGGCGGGUAUAGUGAAUUUCACCCACCAAAAGGACCCAAGUGACAUUCUCAAUGACUGGUCCCACAACAUCACCACACUGAUGCAACUUGUCAACAAGACAAAUCACCUCAUUACCAAGGAGGAGAUGGUACACAAGCUCCAUUGACCAUCAUAAUUCUCAUCAAAAAUUAAUAGUGCUACAAAAGUGGUAGACCAAUACAGUCGUCUAAACACACACAUUGUUUUUUAACAGUGGGACUUCCAGUCUCUAUUGUUGCCUCGGGCACACUGCCAUACUUAGUACAUCAGUGUGAAUUUAUAAGUUCAGAAAUCUUCAUAAUGAAGCCAUUUUCCUGGAGGUUUACAAAAAUUGCAUUAGAGUUCCUUAUAAAGAGAAUAUGGAUAAAUAUAGAAAGCAAUGGAAAAAAAAAUUCUUCUAUUCUUUUCUUUAAUUACUUAUAUGCAGAUUCUAGUGCAUCGUGUAUAUUGAAAUAUUUCAUGAAAUUUCAAGCUUUCAAUUUAAAAAGCACACAGAUGUUAUAAAUUGUCUGAGACAUGCUGAAAUAAUUCGAACGGAACAUUUCCUGUAUUUAAUUUUCACCAUUAAAAGGUUGAACAAAU